AUGGCCUCAGCAGCAGAACGUCCAAUCGACAGGUCGAGCGAGGAAGAGAAGACCAUAGGCGAGAAGCAUGUCGAAACGGCAAAACAUGUUCAUACGAUCGAAAACCUGCCUGAUCCUGACGCUGGUCUCAGCGAAGAAGAGCGCGCUGCUCACGACAAAGCACUCCUCCGCAAACUUGACUUCCGCCUAAUCCCAUGGCUCUCAUUCCUCUAUCUGAUUUCCUUCUUGGACCGCACAAAUAUUGGCAAUGCCAAAGUCGACGGUCUGCAAGAAGACCUCAACAUGACCAACGGCCAAUACAACGCCAGUCUAACCAUCUUCUUCGUCAGUUACUCCGUGUUCGAGCCGCUUACAAACGUGCUCUUGAAGAAGUUACGCCCUAGCAUCUUCUUGCCAUUGAUUAUGAUCUGGUGGGGGAUUUGCAUGACAUGCAUGGGUCUCGUGCACAACUAUGCCGGGUUGAUGACAGCACGAUGGUGGCUUGGUUGUGCCGAAGCAGGACUCUUUCCUGGUGUAAAUUACUAUCUGAGUUGCUGGUACAAACGUUCAGAAUUUGGAAUCCGAGCUGCUAUUUUCUUCUCGGCUGCAGCGCUUGCGGGUAGUUUUGGUGGACUGCUAGCAGCUGGAAUCGCGCAAAUGGGUGGCGUAGGAGGAAAGCCAGGCUGGGCAUGGAUCUUCAUCCUCGAAGGUCUCGCAACCAUUUUUGUCGGAAUAGCAAGUUACUGGAUGGUUCAUGACUUUCCUGCCGAAGCCACAUUCUUGUCUCCUGACGACCGAGCUCGCGUCCUCCGCCGUCUGCGCGCUGAUAAACAGGCCUCAGCUGCGCACGAAGAUUUCCAAAUGAAGUACUUCUGGCAAUCGGUCAAAGACUGGAAAACACUCAUGUUCAGCAUCAUCUACAUGGGAGCGGACGGGUCUCUCUAUGCCUUUAGUCUUUUCUUGCCCACUAUCCUUGCCGGCAUGGGUUAUACGUCUACAACCGCGAAUUUGCUUUCUGUGCCACCAUAUGCGGUUGCAGCUGUGGUCACGGUGUUGGUCGGUUAUAUUGCUGAUCGCACGCAACAAAGAGGGUACUGCAACAUGGGGGUUUCGCUCUUCGGUAUCACAGGCUUCGCCAUGCUUCUUGGUUCCGGAAAUCCGAAUGUGCAGUACGCCGGUACGUUCUUAGGAGCUAUUGGCAUCUAUCCAACGAUAGCGAACACAAUUUCCUGGGCUGCCAACAAUGUCGAAGGUGUAUACAAGCGUGGUGUCACGCUUGGGUUUGUUAUCGGCUGGGGUAACAUCAACGGCGUCGUUUCAUCGAAUAUCUAUCGUAGCAGGGACAAACCACGCUACUUCCUGGGCCAUGGCGUGGUGUUGGCGUAUCUGACAUUAUGGCUGCUGGGCGGCAGUAUCGUGACGCGGUUUCUGCUCGCAUGGGAAAACAAGAAAAGGAGGCAAGGGGCGAGGGACGUCUGGAUUGAGGGCAAGAGUGAGAAGGAGAUUGAGGAGAUGGGUGACAAGAGGCCGGAUUUUCUGUAUACUCUUUGA